UCUACGCGGUCCGUCUUGUGUUUAACCUUACUAAUACACGUACUGAGAUCGUCAAUAGUUGAGAGCUUUUGGCUUGUGUGGCUGCACUGUCAACAUGCAGUCUCUAUUGGCACUCGCUAUCUUCACAUUGGCUGUCACUGCCGUUGCCCACAAAGACAAAUUGAAAGUGCCCGUGGGUGUGCUGUAUAGGAAAGGCGAAGAAGAAAUUGUGAAAUCAAUUGAAUCUGCAUUUUCUAAAGAAAGACACGAUAACUUUUCAAUCAAAGUAAUAGAACAGUCAUACGAAUUGUCAACUCAGAUCCAUAGAAGAGUUUGCUCAUUAUUAGCGAAAGGAAUAACAGUGUUAGUAGCAUCUACUCCCUUCGCAGACACUUCGAAUUUCUUAGUGUCGAUAUCGAAUAAUUAUCAUUUACCAUUCAUCAAUCUCUUAGAUUCCGAAUUUACAGAUAGAAAAUCUCAUUUCAAAUUAAGCAUGAUGAUGAAUACAGCAAAAGCUACUUCAGAUACAAUUAGUUUUUACGGAUGGAAAUCUGCGAUAUACGUAAGAGAUAAAGUUAAAAAUUUUGAAAAUAUAUUGCAGUUUUUACAAAAGACGAAUUUAGAUACUAUGUUAGACAAUAUUGUUUAUCAAGUACCAGAAACCAUAUUAGGAUACAUGGAAAUUCUACCGAAAGAUUUCAAACAGUUGAACAUAGUAUUGAAUGUUCCUCUGGAGACUAUUUAUGACAUCCUUCCUAUAUUAUUAACAAAAUAUGACGAGAGAAUAGCUCACAUCCUCAUCACACGUCCAAUCUUUAGUUAUAUGAUAAUUAUUUGA